AUGGAGAAGCGUUUGAUUAAUGAAUCUUUGAAAAUACCGGUCUCUAUCCUCCCUUGGUUGAGGCAAUUACUGGAUUGCCAUGAAACCCUUCUUCUAUCUAGACGCCGCACAAUCUCUCUUCCCUCUCAUCACAGACGCCGCAUCACACAGACCCUCCCUCUGACGCCACCUCAGCCUCUCAUCACGAUUUCGGGUUGGAAAUCGAAGGCUCAAUCAAGGCUGCUAGGCAAUUUGAUUCGGGUUCCCAUUGCUAUUGGAGGCCCCGGACUGGCACCUGGUGUUUGGUUCUGCAAGGAUCUUCCGAGUGGUGGUCUUGCCAAUGUUGCUGCAACUAUGAUCAAUCUGCAUGGAUUUGAGGCCCCUGCUGACUAUGAGCCGUCCCUCAUUGAAGUUGUUGAUAACUAGGAAAUACAAGGCAACAUAGGGAAAAGAAUUCUCACUUGUUGAAGGAAAACUGAAAUUAGGAGAGAAUGUAGUCGUGCUUUCAUUGAUAAUAGAUGCCUCUUUAUAUAGAGGAUUACAAGCAUAGAGAUAGAGUUGUACAUGGAAACAUAAUCGUACAUUGAUUGGAUA